GCCGAGUGUAAGUAAGGGUCCCAAGAGAGCCCCAAAGUCACAGAAGUCAGUGACAUGUCGACCCGAUGAAGGAGAGUCCGAUGAAUCUUUCGAGAGGACUCGGACGACUGAGGGCAAACCGACAAACGCUGAGGAACCUGCUGAUGACUCGCUCAGCCCGGCCCACAAAGAGGCUGACGACGAGGCUUCCGAUAGCGUGGCCAGAAGUGACAAUGACGAUGAUGAUGAUGAUGACGAUGAUAUCGACGAUGUUGAGCACACCUUUGCUCUCAUCCAAAAGGGUAAGCUGCCUAUUGAAUCUCCUCCAAAGAAAAUCACCGCUGGGGAUGCAGCCCCCAUCAUUGCUACACGCCCCAAAGAGCUCGUCAUCAAGACCGUGGAGGCCGGUCAUACUAUAGCAAGUGCUACCGGCAUCAUCAGGGAGCAACGCAUCAAAGCUGAAAAUGAUGCUCCCCAGUCACUCAACCCAAAGAAGCGGCGCCUCGUCAAAAGAAACCUAGUUGACGCGGACGACCUGUAUAUAUUCGCCGAUUGUCAACCCUUCAUCAAUAUAAGCCGAGCUGAAUCCUUAAGUACAGGAGCCGAUCUUUUCGGUUUCCAAGUAGAAGCCGCAGCAUCAGGCUCAACUGCGCAUGCACCACCCUCACCUAGCCACUCGUUAGCCUCCCAACAGGCUAACGUUUCAAAACAGCGGGACUCACCCACCUCUCUGGUUCCCUCCGAACCAGUUGAGCGAAUUAGUGGCCAACAGCCCGAGGCCACCACCACUUCCUUGAGCACAUCGAGUCUAGGUGUCACACUCCCUACAUUUUCUAAUUUUUCUAGGACACCUACACCAUUCACCGGACAUACAGGUGCACGCACCCUGGAAGCAACGACCAGAGUGCCAACGAUGACGGUCGGAAGCCCUGCUACGCCCACAAUGACUCCAUUAUUGAAUGCAGGCCACACAUCAGCUCUCUUCACUGAUGUUGUGACAACAGUUACAACCCCUGUAACUGAACACCUCACUACCGAAGACGUCACCGUUCUUAUGCACCGUUUCAUGGAUUCCACCAUUAAGUCAUGGGUGCAACAAGCAUUUACCGUUUGGGCACAAGAAUCCAAGACCACCCCAGCGGUGCAUAGUGAACACAGCCAGCCUGAACCACACCCAUCACCUUCUCACUCCAAAUCUCAACCCUCUCCAGUCAUCUCCGCCACCUCCACCAAAGCCCAUAGCCCUACCUCUUCCCGGGGAACCCAUGAUACAGACCAAGUAUCAUCCCCACACCCGACCACACCUCCCAUUGAACUGCUUUCCCAACCCUUCGAGGUCCUGGCAUCAGCCUUGCUGGAUCAUCUCCUUAACAUACCCCACACCGACCUCACUCCCUACCAGCAAGGCGUCCUUACUGUCCUUCUCUCUGAUCCGGACACCAAGGGCACCUGCCGUGAAAGUCCCCGUGGUCGCAAACGUUCACAUGAGGAUCCCGACGAUCCGGAACCUCAUGAGGGGAGAACAAGAGGCCACGGAUACUCGAGCAAGGUGCCUCUACCACUCACACCCCCCAAACCGAACAACCCGAGACUUCCACUAACCAACCACCACCUUCCUCUAGCCAAAACCAAGCCCAUCUCUCUAGCGUGGUCGAGCUAGACGAAACAUCCCGAGGCUUAUCUCCUAGAGAUAUUGUCCGAGGAGGGGAUGGAAGUCCUGACGAUGUUACCCUUAGUACAUCAAUAAGCUUAGGCCAUCAGUCAGAACCUGUGUCGAAGCUGAUGACAACAUCCCGAGGCUUAUCUCCCAGAGAUACUGUUCGAGGAGGGGAUGGAAGUCCUGGUGAUGCUACUGCAAGUACAUCCUCAAAAUCAGGCCAUCAGUCAGAACCCAGUUCCAAACUGAUGUCAACGGGCAAUCCAAGUGAACCCGGUUGUGCUACCCAAGAACAAUCACCGCUCCAACAGCAGCAAAGAGUUCCAUACAUUCCCCCAGGCAAGGACAUCCACGACGCACUGGAGGAUGCGGUGAUACAUGAUAAAUGGCCAAGAAAAUGGACAGAAUGGGAUGAUCUCCGCAGUGCGGCUGAGAUAGAUGACAUGCAGAGAAACUGGUGGCUUCGAGAACUACUGACCAAAUGCGCUGAAGACAUUGUCAGGCUCGAGGAAGAUGAAAUCAAGGAAGGGGAGAACUACAAAGAAACCCAGAGGGCGCUUGAAUCUGUAGUAAGACUAACGGCGGGAUGACUUCCCAAGGCCGAAAACCCCUGGAAGAAUGUCAGGAUAAGAGCCCCCUUCCAAGAGGAAAUCAGAGAGCGCAUCUGGCGUAGACCGGACAAAAUCAAGCCCCUGAAAGAGCUAAAGCUUCGAAGUCUCACACACCUCAAAUGGAAACAAGCAGGAGGCCAUCUACAUAUGCUGAUGCAUCGAUCAUCCGGACCUCAAAGAGCUGCCCUUGAAAAAGAUCUGAGAUCCAGCAUACAUCCGGUUCAUGAUAUCCUGGAAGUCAAAGCUGAAGAUCAUAACACAAUCAGGCUCUACUCCUAUAAGCUGAGGCGCACAGACGGAAGCAUAUUUACAUGCCAAGAGAAUGACUUCAUCAUGAUGAAACCAAAUGACAUAUAUCAAAUGUUCAUGGCAUAUAGAUACCUUCCAACCAGGAAGAGUAGAACUUACAGCGAAGGUUUUGAAGCCAUCAAACGAUUCAUGCUCUGACAAGUCCGAGUUCAUUCCACCCACAACCUUCAGAUGGCUAUAGAAAACAACUUGCCAAAGACAAAUCUUGCACAGCCACGACUUCAAGAUCCAGAGAUCAAUGACUUCCCAGCUUAUCACAUAUUCUUCAGUCCCCCACCAGUCACGUAUCUGAAUCACAAAAAUGAAAAAACGCUUGAUGAUGGUCAACGAAAUUGCAAAGUACUGUGAUGGAACUCUGAAGAUCAUCGAAGAGCAGCUGUUGAAACUAAAAGAAAAGCUGGACAAAAAGCUUGCAGACGCAUCGUCAUACACUCAGAAGGAGCACGCAACAUUGACAACCAUUCUAAAGGCAAUUGACGAUCGCCUUGACAAGAGGAACAUCCUUAGGCAAUACGAGCAUGCUCUUAACAUAAGAAAACAUUACUACCAAGCUCAGAAGGAAGAGAAGACAGCACUUGAUCACAAAGGGGGGGAUUGUUGAAGAUAAUUUCAUUGUGAAUCAAGUCUGUCAGUUUUGUAUGUAAUAAUCUAGUUUACUAUUUCCAUUCUGCACUGAUAUACUGUAUCUCUUAGAAUAGUAUUUAAUAUGGGCCAAGUGUUAGGCCCAUACAAAAGGCUAAAAGUCUUAUACGCAUACCUGAACCUCGCCUAUAAAAGGGAGCCGAUGAUUCACGUCUACGUUAACUUUCGUACUCGCUCCAAAUAGCCUUAACGCAAAUAUUUCUCUGUACGAGUUCACGGUAUAUCAAGGAAGGUUUACAUCGAUCUAUCUGUGUUCAUCUUUACUGUUAAUCUUCUUCUUGUUAUACUGUUAUUCAUUGCUGUAAUAGAAAACAGGGACUGACAAUUAUCAUUAUUAU